UCCCACCCCGCGCUGCAAGGGGGGAAAGUCUCUUCGAGGGUUAGCAGAGGACCCAUAUUGGAAGAGCCAUGGCUUCUGGAACAGCACUGGUUUAUGAUGAGGAAAUGACAAGUCAUAAGCUACUUUGGGAUGACCCAAUCUGUAAUAUUGAAGUCCCUGAGAGGCUGUCUUCCUGCUUUGAGCAACUUCUACACUAUAAUCUGGUUGAAAGAUGCAUAACUCUGCCUGUCAGAGAAGGAACUGAGGAUGAGAUCAUGCUGGUUCACAGUUUGGAUUACUUGGAAGUUGUAAAGAGGACUCAGGUAAUGAUGGAAGAAGAACUCAAAAAAACCUCCGCUGAUUAUGAUUCUGUUUACUUUCAUCCGACCACAUAUCGUUGUGCCAAACUGGCUGUUGGAGCAGCAUUGGAACUGGUGGAUGCUGUGAUGUCAGGGAAAACACGCAAUGGGAUGGCUCUUGUAAGGCCUCCAGGACAUCACAGCCAGAGGAAUGCAGCCAAUGGUUUUUGCAUAUUCAACAAUGUUGCCAUUGCAGCAAAAUAUGCCCAAAGAAAAUAUGGCCUGCAAAGAGUUCUCAUUGUUGACUGGGAUGUGCACCAUGGACAAGGAAUUCAGUAUCAAUUCGACGAAGAUCCAAGUGUUCUCUAUUUUUCCUGGCAUCGGUUUGAACACCAGCAAUUCUGGCCGUCCCUCAGUGAGUCUAAUUACGAUGCCGUUGGUCAAGGGAAAGGGAGAGGAUUCAACAUAAAUGUACCUUGGAACAAGGUUGGAAUGGGAAAUUCAGAUUAUAUAGCCGUAUUUCUUCAUGUGUUGCUUCCAUUGGCUUUUGAGUUUGAUCCAGAACUUGUUUUGGUUUCUGCUGGUUAUGACUCUGGCAUUGGUGACCCAGAGGGUCAUAUGAGUGCUACACCGGAGUGUUUUUCCCAUCUUACUAAUUUUCUAAUGCGUUUAGCUAAAGGAAAGUUAUGCCUGGUUCUAGAGGGUGGAUAUCAUUUGAGGUCACUGUCUGAAUCAGUGUGCAUGACUAUAAAAACUUUGCUUGGAGAUCCUUUACCCUGUUUGUCUGGAGCAAUGGCACCAUGCUUAAGUGCGGUAGAAUCAAUCCACAAUGUGAGAGCUGCACACAAACCAUACUGGAAGUGUUUAAAGUAUGAAGACUCAUCUCCAUUGCAAGACCUCAGUACCAGAUCCAACCAGAUGGGAGACACCGAGACUACAUCAACUGGUACACAGCUCCUAUCUCCACAGGUUGCUGGAAAAGCGAAUAGUGAGGAAGUCGUCAGAACAGACAGGUUUUUGGAGCUGCAUAUGAAAAACAUUAUGCUUCCGAGGCCUCCUGUUAAAACGGUAGUAGCUGUUGAUGAAAAUGAUUCACACAUGCUACCAGCAUCCGUUCAGACUGAGAAAGGAAUGGAUACGAAAGAGCUCAAAAGCACAAUCAGUGGAUUUGAUGCUGAGCUUGUGAAAGAAGAAAAGAUUUUUAAAUCGCUUAUGAACAUGUUGGCUGUUCUUGACAAAAUAAUUAAAAAGGAGGUGACCAAUGGUCUUGCAGUAUCGUCUAUAGCUUCACUUUCGUGUGCCAUUGCUUUAAAACACUGUAAUAACCUGAAGGUACCAAAAGUCCUGUGUGUAUUUGCUGGUGACAGGGAUAUGAAAAUUGACUUGGAUGAUGGCAAAGUCCUCUUGAUCAAUAUCUCUACUAAACAACCUGAAGAAACUAACACCAAAUACAAUAUAUCUCUAAACUGGAAAGAGGAUGUUGAAACAAACAACUUCUUCUCCGCUGUCCUUGGAUUCAUCCUUCCAGUAGCAUACAGCUAUCAGCCUGACCUAACCGUUGUAGUAGCUGGACCAAAUCAGAGCCUUGGCAAAAACGGGAUUUCCUUGCUUGUCAGUUUACUACAAGGGCUGGCACAGUCUCAAAUUCUUGUUCUGAUUCAGGAAACAGAGGUAACACUAUUGCAAGAUAUAGCCAAAACCCUGGUAGGUGACUUUACACCUUACUUUGGAACUCACGCACCAGUUUUAAGACAGAACAUACAAAUGCUAAAAGAAUUAAGACAGCAACUUCAGCAGGAAUGGAAAAUGCUCCAGUGUUCAGCAAAGGUCUCCAUUGCUGAAAGAUGAAAUUCAUUUGGCUGCCAUUUUGGUGCUCUCCUUUGACCUACACGCAUAGAACAAAAAGGUGAAGGAAAUUAAACUGUCUGGAAAAUCAACAAAUAGAAUAACGUGUGAAGCUACACAUCAGGAAUGGCACUACAAGAUUCAUUUAGAACUAUAUUAUUUUUAGAUAUGAAUAUGUUGUUAAACUGUGCGUGUAUAUAUAUACUUAGUAUUUUGGUAUAUAUAGCUGAUUACAUCGAGUUUGUAGAAAUGGUGCUGUCUUGCCUCAAAUGUGCAGCUUUGUCUUUGAAUUGGAAAUUGUAGAGAGACCCACCCACCCCCAUCCCAGCCAGAUAACUUCAUGAAAUCCCUUAACAGAGCAAUGCUGAUGGUUGGGGCCAAUUUACAUGUUAUACUUGCAGUGAAGAUGCUGCCAAAACAGGUUCAUUCAUCCCUGUUGUUGCUGCCUGGCACAGUUUUCAGCCAUUUAAUUAUUCUCAGAGUAGCCAAAUGUAAUUUUGAUUGUGGUUAAAAAAGAAAGUGGAGGUUGGAAAUAUGAAAAUGUUCAAGUCACCUAUUUUUAUUAGACAGCCUCUCAAAAAGAAAUGUGAUGUUACACCAUCAUAUUUACAUAUUGUUUUGACAGCACCUAAGAAAACAGUGGUUGCAAGUAAUAGGGGGAGGAAGCAGCAGCCAGGCACCUCUCCAUCGUGCCUGGGUCCAGCUCCAGCUGAGAGCCCCCUCCCUCCUGCUACCAACUGUCUCUGCGGAGGCCACCAAUG